CCAUGGAAGAAGCAUGUUUCUGUCUCCUUCGAUGCUCUAACGUCCCUCCCAAUGGAAGCUCUAGGACUCCCACUUCUCAAUACUACUCUCAGCAUUUCUCCUCUGCAACAAGCAGUCACCAAAUUAAAAAAUCCCACCUUCAAACUCAAACUCGAACUCAAGCCCUGUUACAGAAGAAGCCAUUCCCAUAGAUGGACGGUUAGAAUGCAAGCGGACGAUGGCGAAGAUGAGUCGGUGAAGCAGAUGAAAGAGAUGGCUGCAGCCAGGAAGAGAUGGGAAUCUCUGAUCAGGGAAGAAAAAGUUAAGGUCCUGACACCAAAGGAAGCUGGGUAUGCAAUUCAACUCUCAAACAAAACCCUCCUUGAUGUUCGUCCAUCAACAGAACACAAGAAGGCAUGGGUUAAAGGCUCUACGUGGAUUCCAAUCUUUGAUGUUGAUGACAGAUUGGAUGUUGGAGCUGUCUCGAAGAAGAUCACAAAUUUUGUAAUGGGAGGUUGGUGGAGCGGCAUACCUAUGUUUGCCUAUGAUAACCGGUUCAUGUCAAAAGUUGAGGAGAAGUUUCCAAAAGAUAUCGACCUCAUUGUUGCCUGCCAAAAGGGAUUGAGGUCUCUAGCUGCUUGUGAACAGCUGUACAAUGCAGGCUACAAAAACCUCUUUUGGGUUCAAGGAGGUCUAGAGGCUGCUGAAGAAGAGGAUUUGGGAAGGGAAGGUCCUCAACCUUUCAAGUUUGCUGGAAUUGGCGGGGUUUCUGAGUUCCUUGGUUGGACUGAUCAACAACGAGUUGCAGCUGCAAAGGAAGGUUGGGGAUAUCGAUUAGUCUUCUCCGCCCGCUUGGUUGGACUUAUUCUCUUUGCAGAUGGCUUGUUUCUUGGUGCUCAGCAAGUCGGUCAUUUUCUUCAAGACCUAAGGUUUCAGUGAGACACUGAAUACCCUAGAUUGCACCGGUCGGCAUUGGAGGUGGUUAUGAUCAAAACAGCUAACAGAUUUUCACCACUGGAUUUGGAUCACUUUCUACACAUUGCACAUUCUCCUAAAUUUCUCCUUUAUGAGCAAGUGGGCGCUGUUUGCCAAUUGGAUGUAAGUUUAAAGUCCUCCUAAACACCCAUUUUCUUCACUUUCUUCCCGAUGUCUCAUUCCUCUGUAUGAGAUUUAAGCUGGCUAAUGAUGUUUUUGGCAUGAACA